CGUAAACUUACAGCUGUCAAAAGUAAAAUCUUUUGAAAAAAUAUUUGGAACAAACCACAGAUCGUGGUUUUUACAAAUUAAAAUAUCUAAUUCUGUUCGCAAUUAGACCAUACUCAUCAUGGUUCUUUUAAACAAUGAAGAAUUCCUAACGAGGCUUACUCUUUUAACACAAUCGGCACGGAAAGAUUCUUCCUUCACAGUUACGAUCAAACGAUAUGACGGGAACGACAGACCAAAACCUCGCGAAGGAAAGCCACCGCUACCGACACCCGCCGAAUACAGUUGCCUGAUCCGGGCUAAAUCGGGCUCCAAGAAGCUCUCAACCGUCGUGAAGCGGGAUGAGGUAGCCAAGUUUAUGGAAUCGUACUCGAAGGUGCUCAAGUCCAGCAUGGACGGUUUGAAGAAAGUUAAAAAGGUUAAAAACAAAGCAAAGGCAGCCCAGGGAUAGUGUUGUGGUGCAGCGGUUCCGGAGUAAAACGAAGUGUAUCAAAGUGUUCUAGAAUAUCCACGCGGACUGUGUGCAAUGCCGGACUCGGAGAUCAUAAGUGCAUUUUCUUUAUUCGUUUUAUCGAUUUCGUUUCAUUACUUCCUUUCGGUUAUCCGUAGGCUUGGUUCUGUUUCCUUUUGAACGAUAGCCGAUCGAUUGAAACAAGAGACAAGAGUUGUUUUCAUGCAAGGACCCAUUUUACCAUCCAAGUCUCGCAAAUGAACGCAGGCGGAUGGAUUCAACAUUGUAAUUUUGCUGUAGAAUUAAGCGUGUAAUGAAUUUAAUAUAAAAGAAACAGUGAAUUCAACAUUCAGCCGGUGAAUA